AUGCUGCUCCGGCAGCUGCUGGGGCUGCUCCGCUGCUGCUGGCCCUCCCUGCUGCUGCACUGUGCCCUCCACCCGCUCUGGGGGUCCCUCCAGAUCACUCAGGGUGAACCCCAGAAGUCAUGCUCCAAGCCUGUAGCAGAGAAAUUUACAGAGAGCUGCCCGGAAAUUUGCCAGUGCAGGCCACCUCCUCUGUUACCACCGCCUCCUCCACCUCCGCUGCCCCCGAGGUUGCUGGCGGUGCCAACUCCCAAGUCUACCUUUUGUCCCACUGAAGAGACCUGGUGGCCAGGCCUGAUUAUUAUCAUUGCAGUAUGCUGUGCCACACUAGUGUUCCUCUUUGUAGUUGUCAUCAUUUGCUACAAAGCCAUAAAAAGGAAACCAAUGAGAAAAGAAGAGAACGGAACCAGUCGGUCGGAAUAUGCAAUGACCUCCUCCCAGAACAACAAAACAGUUGAUAACAAUGCGGUCGUAUAAUCCCCGGGAGCCCGCCAAGCGCAGGAGGUGGCAAACUUUCAAAGCACACACACAGAGUAUGCAAGGUGGGUGAAAUGAGGCAACCAAGGGAGCUCUGUGGCCAAGGACUUCAUUUCAGAAACAGCGCACUCAUCAGUGAUCCAGAAGAGAAAACCAGGCUGCUCUCCAGGCUUGCUGCUGCUCCAGGGGAGGAUCAGCUCACCCACCUGGGCUGCCCAGAGGAAAGGCCUCACAAAGGCAUAAGCACUGCAUGCUGCAUCCCAUGAAAGCCAUGUUGCCAUGCCUCCCACUCCUUCUUCUUCCUCUCUUCCCCUACUUUUGUGUUUGAACUGAGUGUCACAAAAAGCUUCUGGAGCAGGAUCUUUUGAGGAGAGGGUGAUCUGCCAGAGUGGCAGUAGUUUAUCACAGAUGGGUCAGAGGGAAGUAUCUCCCUUUAAAUGGGAGGUGUCUCCCUCUACAUGGAGAGAGGUGUCACCUCUGUGCUUCUCCAGCCUGUGCAGCUUCAUACGCUGAUGCUUCAUUCCUUUCAUUCUUACUAUUUUGUUAUUACAAAGGGAACAAAGGUUUCUGUUAAACAAUCAAGCAAAAUUGCCCUGAACUUGUGACUCAUCCCAAGAAAUUUAUCUGUGGUCUGGUGACUAUGCAGCUUUCAUGGCUGAAGUUUUCAGGCAGAAGAAAUUAAAAUGUAAGAUUUUAGCAAUUAGCAUUGCUAUUGAAAGAGAAGUGCUUUAAACAUUAUGACUUCAUAAUUAGCCUCCUUUUUUGCGCCACACUUUUAUUUUAUCUUUAAAAAUGUUCCUUUGUGAAACUCCUUGUUUCUGUGUGUUCACGCUGAUUCCCCAGGGAAACUCCUACAGGAAAGAUACUGUUUACAUCUCGGUGUGAGUGUUGGGGCAGGAUUGUGCUGAAAGGACUAGAAGCCCUUUGAAAUUCUCUUCUUUCGCUGGUUAGUGUUGUUCCCUCAAAGUGUUGAGUCUCCUGAACUGAUGCACUGAGGACGUUGCAGGUCUGGC